AUGGGAACCGUUAGUUGUAAGGGUGACAAUUGUAGAAAUGGUAGAUUUUACGCCAAAGUAUCCAACAUCAAUUGCUUCACUGCUGUAAAUGAAGUCCUUUCAACCAACAACAGGAGUCAUGGUGAAGAGCUGCAGCAGCACCGUGGUCCCUGUAAUUAUUAUAACAAAUUUAAUGAAGACGUGGUAGUUAACGAGCAAGUAUCAGUAGACGAAUUCACCUUUGGAGAUGUAAUUUACGCUGACUUACAACCUCUGGAGGGCAAUUGCAGCUUUGUUGAACUUGUGCUUCAAGUCGCUGAACAGAUCGCUCCAGUGAAAGUCUGUGUGGCUCAGACUAUCAAGGUUGAAUUGCCAGUGAAUAAGGCUGUUGAAAACACCAACUUUGACGUUGUGUUCUCACCUGGCCAGCUGGAUUCGACUCAACCUUUUGGAGAUUGUGAUGAAACUCCCUUGUCAGAAGCGAUAACUGAAAGCCGAAAAGAGGAAGAAUUGUUGCUGAAAUUAGCUGACUUGGACAGACGUCUUCGUGCAUCAAUCAAGCUGCUCGCAUCUUUGGUCGAUGCCCAAGGUUUGGCGCCACGUGGUCCAGCAAACUCAAGCCCGGGAAAAAUGACCUCACGCGACGUCGCCUGCAUGACAGUGAGCAUGGAGGCGAGCGACUCUCAAUGUUCUUGCAGUCUCCCACCAACUUCGGCGACUGCACAUUGUCCUCCCCCUCCUCCUCCACCACCACCACCUCCUCCUCCACCCCCUCCCCCACCACCACCGCCGCCGCCGCCGCUUUCUUUCUUAAUGAAGAAAAAAUCACUAUCAAAGAGAGAUUCCAAAGCCAUGAACAUUGUUGCCAAAAUACCCCAAGCGAAAGGAAUGUCUGAUGUCUUGGAAGAGCUCAAGUCUGGCGCUUUUAAGCUCCGUUCCCCUAACAGAGUCGCAGAACAGAACAGCAACCACAAGUUCAAGGCCAAGCAGGCAGUCCACUCUGGUGACCUGCCUGAUUUCGAUUAUUCUUAUGAUACCUAG